CUAGAAUCCGGAAGUGAGGGCGGGCGGUGGCGCCGUUGCCGCAGUGACAGUACGGGGGAGUGGGAAGAUGGCGGCGUCGCGUCGCUCUCAGCAUCAUCACCACCAUCAUCAGCAACAGCUCCAGCCCGCCCCAGGGGCUUCGGCUCCGCCACCGCCACCUCCCCCGCCGCUCAGCCCCGGCCUGGCUCCUGGACCCACCCCUGCCUCGCCCACGGCCGGCGGCCUGGCGCCCUUCGCCUCCCCGCGGCACGGCCUGUCGCUGCCGGAGGGGGAUGGCAGCCGGGACCCGCCCGAUAGGCCGCGAUCUCCGGACCCGGUGGACGGCGCCGUCUGCACGGUGGCUGCUACGGCCGCAGUCCCGGCAGCUUCCGCCGCCGUCGGGGUCGCUCCCAGCCCAGCCGGCGGCGGCGGCGGCGGCAACAACUCCGCGUCGUCCACUUCUUCCCCGACUUCGUCUUCGUCUUCCUCCCCGUCCUCCCCUGGCUCGAGCUUAGCGGAGAGUCCCGAGGCGGCCGGAGUUGGCUCCACAGCAACUUUGGGACCGGGGGCGGCGGGCCUCGGCCCGGGGGUCCCAGCCGUGAGUGGGGCCCUGCGGGAGCUGCUGGAGGCCUGUCGAAAUGGGGACGUGUCCCGGGUAAAGAGGUUGGUGGACGCCGCGAACGUGAAUGCAAAGGACAUGGCCGGCCGAAAGUCUUCUCCCCUGCACUUCGCAGCAGGUUUUGGAAGGAAGGAUGUUGUAGAACACUUGCUGCAGAUGGGUGCUAAUGUCCAUGCCCGUGAUGAUGGGGGUCUCAUCCCACUUCAUAACGCCUGCUCUUUCGGUCAUGCUGAGGUCGUGAGUCUGUUACUGUGCCAAGGAGCAGAUCCGAAUGCCAGAGAUAACUGGAACUAUACACCUCUGCAUGAAGCUGCCAUUAAAGGGAAAAUUGAUGUCUGUAUUGUGCUGCUGCAGCACGGAGCCGAUCCAAACAUCCGGAACACCGAUGGGAAAUCAGCUCUGGACCUGGCAGAUCCUUCAGCAAAAGCUGUCCUCACAGGUGAAUACAAAAAAGACGAACUCCUAGAAGCUGCUAGGAGUGGUAAUGAAGAAAAACUAAUGGCUUUACUGACUCCUCUAAAUGUGAAUUGCCAUGCAAGUGAUGGGCGAAAGUCUACGCCAUUGCACCUGGCAGCAGGCUACAACAGAGUUCGCAUAGUUCAGCUGCUUCUACAGCAUGGUGCUGAUGUCCACGCAAAAGACAAAGGCGGACUUGUACCUCUUCAUAAUGCAUGCUCAUACGGACACUAUGAGGUCACAGAACUGCUGCUAAAGCAUGGAGCUUGUGUUAACGCUAUGGAUCUGUGGCAGUUCACACCACUGCACGAAGCUGCUUCCAAGAACCGUGUAGAAGUCUGUUCUUUGUUACUUAGUCAUGGUGCCGAUCCAACCUUGGUUAAUUGCCAUGGCAAAAGUGCUGUCGAUAUGGCUCCAACUCCUGAGCUCCGGGAAAGACUGACAUAUGAAUUCAAAGGCCAUUCUUUACUACAAGCCGCCAGAGAAGCAGACCUGGCCAAAGUUAAGAAAACACUUGCUUUGGAAGUCAUUAACUUCAAGCAGCCACAGUCUCACGAAACUGCAUUGCACUGUGCUGUGGCCUCCUUGCAUCCCAAACGAAAGCAGGUGGCAGAGCUGUUACUUAGGAAGGGAGCCAAUGUCAAUGAAAAAAACAAGGAUUUCAUGACCCCGUUGCAUGUGGCAGCUGAAAGAGCUCAUAAUGACGUCAUGGAAGUCCUGCAUAAGCAUGGAGCAAAGAUGAAUGCACUGGAUAGUCUUGGUCAGACUGCUUUGCAUAGAGCUGCCUUAGCUGGCCACCUGCAGACCUGCCGCCUCCUGCUGAGUUAUGGCUCUGAUCCUUCCAUCAUCUCCCUGCAAGGCUUCACAGCGGCGCAGAUGGGGAAUGAAGCAGUGCAGCAGAUUCUGAGCGAGAGUACUCCUAUACGUACUUCGGAUGUAGACUAUCGACUCUUAGAAGCAUCGAAAGCUGGUGACUUGGAAACUGUGAAGCAACUCUGCAGCCCGCAGAAUGUGAACUGCAGAGACCUGGAGGGCCGGCACUCCACGCCCUUACACUUUGCGGCUGGCUAUAACCGCGUGUCUGUUGUUGAGUACCUCCUACACCAUGGAGCUGAUGUCCAUGCCAAAGACAAAGGUGGCUUGGUUCCCCUUCAUAAUGCCUGCUCCUAUGGACACUACGAGGUGGCUGAGCUCUUGGUGAGGCACGGAGCUUCUGUCAAUGUGGCGGACUUGUGGAAAUUUACCCCUCUCCAUGAAGCGGCAGCCAAGGGGAAAUAUGAAAUCUGCAAACUCCUUCUAAAACAUGGAGCAGAUCCAACUAAGAAGAACAGAGAUGGAAAUACACCCCUAGAUCUGGUCAAAGAAGGAGACACCGAUAUUCAGGACCUCCUGAGGGGGGAUGCUGCUCUGUUGGAUGCUGCCAAGAAGGGCUGCCUGGCCAGAGUGCAGAAGCUUUGUACUCCAGAGAACAUCAACUGCCGAGACACCCAGGGUAGAAAUUCAACUCCUCUCCACCUAGCAGCAGGCUACAAUAACCUGGAAGUAGCUGAGUAUCUUCUAGAACAUGGAGCUGAUGUUAAUGCCCAGGACAAAGGAGGUUUAAUUCCACUUCACAACGCAGCAUCUUACGGGCAUGUUGAUAUAGCAGCGUUACUGAUAAAAUACAACACCUGUGUAAACGCAACGGAUAAGUGGGCCUUUACUCCUCUUCACGAAGCUGCCCAGAAAGGAAGGACACAGUUGUGUGCCCUGCUCCUAGCGCACGGCGCAGACCCCACCAUGAAGAACCAGGAAGGGCAGACGCCUUUAGAUCUGGCAACGGCUGAUGACAUCCGGGCUUUGCUGAUAGAUGCCAUGCCCCCUGAGGCCUUACCUACCUGCUUUAAACCUCAGGCAACUGUAGUUAGUGCCUCUCUGAUCUCACCAGCAUCCACCCCCUCCUGCCUCUCUGCUGCCAGCAGCAUAGAUAACCUCACUGGCCCUUUAGCGGACCUGGCUGUAGGAGGGGCCUCCAAUGCAGGGGAUGGUGCCGCGGGUGCAGAAAGGAAGGAAGGAGAAGUUGCAGGUCUUGACAUGAAUAUCAGCCAAUUCCUUAAAAGCCUUGGCCUUGAGCACCUUCGGGAUAUCUUUGAAACAGAGCAGAUUACACUAGAUGUGUUGGCUGAUAUGGGUCAUGAAGAAUUGAAAGAAAUAGGCAUCAAUGCAUAUGGACACCGCCACAAGUUAAUCAAGGGUGUUGAAAGACUUUUAGGUGGACAACAAGGAACCAAUCCAUAUUUGACUUUUCACUGUGUGAAUCAGGGAACUAUUUUGCUAGACCUUGCUCCAGAAGAUAAAGAAUAUCAGUCUGUAGAAGAAGAGAUGCAGAGCACUAUCCGAGAGCACAGAGACGGUGGGAACGCAGGAGGCAUCUUCAAUAGAUACAACGUCAUUCGAAUUCAGAAAGUUGUGAACAAGAAGCUGAGGGAGCGAUUCUGUCACCGACAAAAGGAGGUGUCUGAGGAGAACCACAACCACCACAAUGAGCGCAUGCUGUUCCAUGGUUCUCCUUUCAUUAAUGCAAUUAUUCAUAAAGGGUUUGAUGAGCGACAUGCAUACAUUGGAGGGAUGUUUGGAGCUGGAAUUUACUUUGCCGAAAACUCCUCAAAAAGCAAUCAGUAUGUCUAUGGAAUUGGAGGAGGAACAGGCUGUCCUACACACAAAGACAGGUCAUGUUAUAUAUGUCACAGACAAAUGCUUUUCUGUAGAGUGACCCUUGGAAAGUCUUUUCUGCAAUUCAGCACCAUGAAAAUGGCCCAUGCACCUCCAGGACAUCACUCUGUUAUUGGUAGACCAAGUGUCAAUGGGCUGGCUUAUGCUGAAUAUGUUAUCUACAGAGGGGAACAGGCAUAUCCAGAGUAUCUCAUCACCUACCAGAUCAUGAAGCCGGAAGCCCCUUCACAGACCGCAACGGCAGCAGAGCAGAAAACCUAGUGAUUGCCCCUGGUAAAGGCCAGAGUGAUUCAAACCUGCAACUGGAUUACAGUGGAUUGCUUCCAACAGAAAAAUCAAUAUUAUCUAAAUCCCAACAGCCAAGAAAUAAGCUGUCUGUCUUUUAUCAAGCAUUGCUAGAGUGACGGCGCAGAGUGGGUCCCAAGCACACUCACCUGCCCUGGUCCCUUUGAGGAAACGGCUGCCAAGCGGCCUUGAACUUGUCUCAGGCCAUUUACAUUGCAGUUACCCAUUUCUGAAGCAAGAUGCUUUGCUCAAGAUGUAGAGAUGGGAAAAGAGAGUAUGCUGGCUUACACGUUCUUGGUUCAUACACUACAUUUUCUUUGUUGUGUUUGGCACAUGUGUAACAGACACAUGUGAUGGGCUCAUUUUUUAAUUUUGCCAAACAUGUUUGUUGAUGCCUAUUGUUGUCAUUGUUGUUACUUUGAAAAUGAGCCAGUGUCUUCCUGGGAUAUUUUGCACAGAGUCACACUGACUAAAAAUCAUUAGCAAUCCAGCCGGAGCUUCUGGCCGAGCAAGACACUGUUCCCAUGUCCCUGUUGUUAGAUUUGGUAUCUCUGCUUCUUGUGAACAUAAAGGAAAAGCAGCAGUAUUUAGUUUCCUUUUAUGAGGUGCCCCAUCUUCCCAUCUUAAAAGGAAGGGCACAAACAUCUCUUUGACCUAAAGAGUCAGAGCGAGGUGGACCAUUUGCUCUUUGCUGUCCGCAAGGUUCUCAGGACCAUGCUGCAGAUGUCAAAAGAGGGCCAGGGGAAGGUUUAAUGGAGGUGAUUAAUUCCCUGGUGGAGUAGCUAGAGAGCUGGGGGUUGAGGGGAAGUCCAGUGAGGAGGAGGGCGAGUGAAGCCCAGGGCUCUGGCUGCACCGGCAGACCUGGGGAUGUCUCAACAAACACUUUAGAAUCGUCUCCCCUGGUGUUACUUUUACUUCCAAAGUCAGUGUCCCAGCAUUUUACUCUCCUCUCUCUUUAGUUUAGAAAGCCAGGAUUCAAGCCCUACGUGAUAAAUAUGCACAAAUACAAGGACAUUUUGUUUACUCCUGAUCUGACCUUUAUCUUGAGUAGUAUAUGUCAGAUAGUUUAGAAAGAUCCUUUCUCUCAGUUUUUGAACCAUUUCUUCAAAGUUCUUAAUACAGUUGGACAAAGAAAACACAAGUUGAAACCAAAGGCAGUUUGACCUAUUUUUUUAGACACCGCUGAUAGAGAACCAUUUCUUUGUGAAAGUGCUGCUUGUAAUGGCAUUUGCCAGGUGCACAACACUGAGCAGAACCACGCUUCCUCCUGUUCCCUAUGGCCCUUAACUGAAUACUGAAUUGAAUGCAUUACUCUAGGUUCUACUCAGCUCUGAAGCAGAAGUCAUACAUACAGAGAGAAACAAUGUGACCCACUUAACCAUUUCAAUUGGAAGGCUGAAAACAAUUUAACUUUUUAUUUUUUAAUGCAAGCAUAUUAAACUGUGAUCAUCUUCAUUUCCCUGUCUUGAAGUACACAUUUCUCUUUUUAUUUAUUAAAUUUUUGUUAGCUUGAGUCCAGUGCUAGAACUAGGCAUCCAGUCUAGUGUGAAUAUUAUAGUUAUAUCUUGAAUGGGUUCUUCAAAAUGAAGUCAAGAAUUAGCCUCAGUUUUCCCUUUUGUUGAUGUUUCAGUGGCCUGAGCUGGGUGUUUGUGGUUUUGGCUGCAUGUUUAAUAGCAACUAGAGUACCCCAUGCAGAGCUUCAGAAUGCCAUGUUGGCUCAAGAGCUCUUCUCCUUCAUUCUUUUUUUCAUUCUGUUAACAAAGGGUUGAAGAAAUUGGCAUCUGUGUAGCUUUAGUAGCUAUAAUAUAUAUGUUAUUUGGCCUGACCUGAAUUAGUUUAAAAUGCUAAACACAGCUGUGAUUUUAAUUCAGUAACAAGUUACUAUGGUAUAGUAAAACAAACUAAAACAUGAGCCUCCGCCAACCAACCUCCAUUAUCCGGGCCUCACCUUGAGGAGUCCAUCUUGUUUCCCUAAACCACCAGGGCUGUGUGUCUCAUGUUCUGAGCUAAGUAAAAACACUGUAAGGAAGCCUUGUGUAGUGCCAGCGGUCUUAUAGUGACUCACAAAAUGCACAUAAAUGAGUUGUUUAAUAAGAAUCAGUCUGAAAAAAAAGGAAAAAAAAUUUAAAAUAAAUGGUCCAUAAAGCUAAUAGGUAUUUUCAGAACUUGAAAACCAAAGGUAUCAUGAGUAUAUUCAAGGGGACAAAAAGGCGAUUGUUUAGGAGUUCCUUGUACAGCAACAUAGACUCUACAAGAGCCCUCUGGAAUAGAAAGAAGAGCUUGGCAUUUGGCUGGCCUCUGUUUGAUUUCUUAUAUGUGCAUUAUUUAGAACUUCUGGCAGGUUUGGAACUCCAGCUUCCCUGCAGAACCACAGAGAGAAGGCAGGUGUCUCCCAGCUCUUCCAGGCCUUUGCCAGAGACCCGACAGUGCCAGUUUACCAGUUUGGCCAGCUUGGAUACUUAACUCAGGCAUAAAAUAAGCAAGCGCUCUGGGCAUGUCUGCCUGUACCUUUGCUUCUCCCCAAACUGCUAACCUAGUCUCAGAAGAUGCUCCUGUGCUCGCUCCAUCCACCUUUUUCCUUUCUUCAUCAUAAGUCUUACAUAGGAAUCCAGGUGUCCCUUACUUUCAUAUCAAUAUGGAACUGAGCUUAGUCCUCACCCACUUUCUGCUCAAAAGAUUCUGCCAGUUUGCUAACAGAUGGCAGCAUGGAAUCCAGUGUUUCAGUUCUAUGCAAAAACAUAUUGGCAGGACAGUCUGGAUUCUGACUCUGCUUUCCUUUGCUCACAGAACUCUGAGCAGCCUAAGCAGAGGAGCAGCACUAACAUCGCCUGGUGAGGGCAGCCAGCUCCCCUGAGCCCACACUUCUGACUGCACGCAUAGCUCGCUGAGCCCCACACUUCUGACUGCAUACAUAGCUCUUUGCUGUUGGAAUAGUACAGGGCACUUGGAAUAUAGAGAGAAGUACUUGAAUAUGGCAAGCAAAGCAGCAUAUGUUAACAUUUAUUAUCCUAUAUAUUAUUACAAACAGAUAUUAUUAACAUGUGGCUAAUGCUAGAAAACAGCAUUAGAAUGCAGUGCAUUGUCCCUGUUUUCCUCUACUGCAGUAUAUGCCCAGUUGCAUGAAGGGUACUUAGGCAUUGUUCCCUCUCCCCUUGUAAACAGUUGUCUUUGAAUUCCUAUAAAUGAAUGGCCUUGUAAACAAAAGUAUCUAUCUUUAAGCACAUCUCGCUGUCCUGUCCCCUUACUGUGUUUCUGUUGGGCCGAUCCGAUCAUCUUGCAUAGAGCUACAAACUAGAAUCACUCAGCAAACAUUGGGAAAUGACAUUAGAAUGGAUGUUUUCACGUAUCAGAUUUGAAGUUAAGGCAGUUACACAGAAAUGAGGGUGAUUGUGACAGUGGUAUUCAAACAAUUGCUGGCUACAUCUAGCACAUGAAAACGAUCACUUAAAAAAUGCCGCCCUAAAAAAGUGAAGCUGCUUCAGCCAACUUAGGCAUUCUGCAGUUAAUAGACAAUUAUGUAUUUCCUGUUUGAAAAAGCCUUAUCUAUGGCAGAAACUUUUUAACCUUUUCUAAUCUAGCAGUGAAACAUGAAUCCACUUCUUAAUAUUUGAAAUGUGUUUGUGAGUGGGCGUGUCUGUUCAUUUCAUACCUGAUAAGUGUGUUUUAUGGGGUAUAUUUUAUAAGUAAUAUUGUCACAUUUAGUGGAGUUGAUAUAGCCAGUCAGUUCCAGUUUCUCUCACCAAAGUUCUUUAGGCUCCAGGUCACCUGGUUUGGAGUAACACUGGUGGGAUUUCCAAACUUGUGUGGGGAUUCAUAGUAUGUGGUACUGUGUAGAGUCUGAGUGGUGUGGAAGUUGUUUUUUAGUCAUUUUAAAAUAUAUACACAUGAAACUUAAAACCUGUCGGAAGCUAAAGAUUUUAUGUCUUCUAUAAGAUCCAGUAUGAUGAGGUUAUGUGGCCAGUUUUAUACUAAUAGAGUUCUGCAAAAUUGAGGUGACACUCACCCUGUAGAGGGAGUUGUCACACAUGCACACCCCAAACACACACACACACCCUCCCUGUACACUUCCUAGCUCCUUUCCCUCCUUCCUUUCAGAGCUUUUCUUAUUUUUCAGAAUGCUUUUGCUAUCCUUCUCAAGUGGCCCUAGAUGCCCUUUGUUAACUCAGUUUGGUGGUGGGGUAUCCCUGAACCUCUCUCCCAGUGUGCAGAAAGGAAAGCUAGAAAAUGCUACAGUAAAUGAAGGAAAGGAACCGAGAGUUGUGACCGAGGUGACCAUGUUGUAUAGUAAAUGUAUUCACUACCCAGAACCCUGAAACUCGCCGUGUGUGUAAGGCCUGCUUCCGCUCCCUCCCAGUGUUCUAAGCUCAUCUUAUCUUUGUGGUAGUAAUAUUUGUCCUUAAUACCUACAAAACUAAAAAGGUACUUUGAUUGACAAGGUCUCUCAAGAACUUACAAACCCAGCUUUGAGGAAAUCUAGACUGCUCUGACAACAGCAUCUGGAGUUAUAAUAGUCAUUUCCUUCCUGUAGCGUCCCAGUCUGUGUAAAUAACCAGUGGAGUGCCCUUUCAUUUGUUGCUAGUGUUCUCUUUGUUUUUCCGGUCUCUGUGACCCACCAGUGGCAGGGGUUCCAGCUCCGCCUUCUUUUCUUUUGCAUCUGUCCAUCUGUAGGCUUGUCAGACAAAAUACAAGAUGCCCAGUUAGAUUGGAAUUUCAGGCAGUUUUCUAGCUCAAGUAUAUUUCAUAUUUGACAUCUGUGCAAUUUUUUAAAAGUUCAUUAUCUUAUCUGAAACUCAGAUUUUGACUGAAUAUCCUAGAUUUUUGUUUUCUAUGUAGUUUUUCUAAACCUGAUUGUCCUAGCAGUUUGAUCACAAAAGAGGCUCACAGCAUGGAAAUUCUCUGGUCUUUAUAGUUUCACUUGGAAUGGAAGACUUUUUUUUUUUCCCUCGCCUUCUACUUAUUUCUAAAAGAGGGUAUCAAGGAACUUAACCAGCCUUCAUGGUGGAUUUCUAUUUAAAACGUCUCUGUGAUUAUAUUUAACCUGUAAUUGUGCUUUGGCUUAAUGUCUUCAGUACUUGUAACGGAUUAAUAUUCAAUAAAAACAUUUUAAAGUA